UCCUCUCAGAUCCACCCCAGUAUCUGUGCCCAAGGGAGUCUGCCCAGGAAGGACCUGCUCCCCACCCCCAAGAUCCAGAGGGGGCCUCCCUCUCCCACCUCUCCAGCCACUCCCCUGUCCUGCCCUCCACUGCCUCCUUUGCCCUCCCCUCCCCGGGCCGGGGCUGAUCAUUAACCCGGACACAGGCGCUAUAAGAAGGAAGGCAGCGGGCCGGGACGGCACAGAACGGUCUGUCUGUCAGUCCGGACGAGUCUGCCACCAUGGACGCCACCGUGAGCCCCAGCAUCUCUCCCGGGACCUCCGAGCCUCCCCUGUCAUCGGAUCGCAUCAAGAAUGCUGCGGACAUCUCAGUCAUUGUCAUCUACUUCGUGGUGGUCAUGGCUGUGGGGCUGUGGGCCAUGCUGUCAACCAAUCGUGGGACUGUUGGAGGCUUCUUCCUGGCAGGCCGGAGUAUGGUGUGGUGGCCGAUCGGUGCCUCUCUCUUUGCCAGUAACAUUGGCAGUGGCCACUUUGUGGGGUUGGCCGGGACUGGAGCAGCAGCAGGCAUCGCCACAGGAGGCUUUGAAUGGAAUGCCCUGGUGCUUGUGGUUGUCCUGGGCUGGGUGUUUGUGCCAAUCUACAUUAAGGCUGGGGUGGUGACAAUGCCAGAAUACCUGAGGAAGCGAUUUGGUGGGACACGCAUACAGAUCUAUCUGUCUCUCCUUUCUUUGUUGCUUUACAUUUUUACCAAGAUCUCGGCUGAUAUUUUCUCAGGAGCCAUUUUCAUUAAGUUGGCCUUGGGGCUCGACCUGUACCUGGCCAUCAUUAUCCUUCUGGCCAUCACAGGCCUUUAUACCAUCACAGGGGGCCUGGCAGCUGUGAUCUAUACAGACACCUUACAGACUGCGAUCAUGCUGGUGGGGUCCUUCAUCCUGAUGGGGUUUGCCUUUAAUGAAGUCGGGGGCUAUGAUGCCUUCAUGGAGAAGUACAUGAAAGCCAUUCCAAGCAUAAUCUCUGAUGGGAACAUCACUGCUGACCCCAAAUGCUACACUCCGAGGGCAGAUUCCUUUCAUCUGUUUCGUGAUCCCAUAACUGGGGACCUCCCCUGGCCAGGUCUUAUCUUUGGCCUUGCCAUCCUUGCCCUAUGGUAUUGGUGCACUGAUCAGGUCAUUGUGCAGAGGUGCCUCUCAGCUAAGAACAUGUCCCAUGUGAAGGCCGGCUGCAUAACAUGUGGUUAUCUGAAGCUGCUGCCCAUGUUUCUUAUGGUGAUGCCUGGCAUGAUCAGUCGGAUACUCUACACAGAUAAGGUGGCCUGUGUCCUUCCCUCAGAGUGUGAACGCCAGUGUGGGACCAAAGUAGGCUGUUCCAACAUUGCCUUUCCAACCCUGGUGGUGGAACUCAUGCCGAAUGGUCUUCGUGGAUUGAUGUUGUCUGUCAUGCUGGCCUCCCUCAUGAGUUCCCUCACCUCCAUCUUCAAUAGUGCCAGCACUCUGUUCACCAUGGACAUCUACACCAAAAUCCGGAAGAAGGCAUCUGAGAAGGAGCUUAUGAUAGCCGGAAGGUUGUUCAUCCUGGUGUUAAUUGGUGUCAGCAUUGCCUGGGUCCCUAUUGUGCAGUCGGCUCAGAGUGGGCAGCUCUUUGACUAUAUCCAGUCCAUCACCAGUUACCUGGGGCCACCGAUCGGUGCAGUUUUCCUGCUUGCCAUUUUCUGCAAGAGAGUCAAUGAGCCGGGUGCCUUUUGGGGGUUGAUUGUGGGACUCCUGGUUGGACUGGCUCGAAUGAUUACAGAGUUUGCCUAUGGAACGGGCAGCUGUAUGGAACCCAGCAACUGUCCCACGAUAAUCUGUGGUGUUCAUUACCUCUACUUUGCCAUUAUCCUGUUUGUACUAUCUGUCAUCAUCAUUUUAACCGUCUCUCUCUUGACUAAGCCCAUUCCAGAUGUGCAUCUUUACCGCCUAUGUUGGAGUUUGAGGAACAGCAAGGAAGAGCGUAUUGAUCUGGAUGCAGGUGAUGAGAAGGAAGUCCCAGAAUAUCCUGAAGACAAGUUGGAAAUAGACACAGAAGUCUCUCAAGAGAAUAAGAGCUGCUUCAGGAAGACCUAUGACAUGUUCUGUGGGCUGGAUGAGCAGAAGGGGCCCAAGCUGACCAAAGAGGAGGAGGCCGCCCUCAAGAUGAAGAUGACAGACACAUCAGAGAAACCCUUGUGGAGAACCGUUGUCAACAUCAAUGGCAUCAUCCUCCUGGCUGUGGCUGUCUUCUGCCAUGCUUACUUUGCAUAGAUUCAGCUGGCCCUCUGCUGCAAACCAGGUUCCUGAAGGCCAGCCUCUCAUCCUUUCUCCACCACUGGAUUCCAUGCUUCAUUGUGAUGGGACAGGGGGAAAGGGGAACACAGUUGUAAAUUAUGACUAUGAAUAUGAGUGUACAUAUGUGUAAUUAGAGCCUAUACAAAUGAAAAUAAUUUUCUCAUUGUUAAAUUAUGUUUGAAGCAAAGUGAAGAAAGGUGUAUAUAAUAAAGCCCCCUAAAGCAAGGGGGAAAGGCCACAUUAGCUUUCCUGGGGAUUCAAUCCAAUUCACUUUAUUGGAACCAACACUUAUCAAGCAUCUACCUUUGUGCUAGGUAUGGGGAAGAUGGAGAUCAAGAUGAAGCACUCUCUGAGGAUGUGCAGACCUAGAGACUAUGGUUCCCAUGAGAUCAGCUGCAUUUUGGCUUCAUGUAGUUUCAUUGUGAAAACUCUGAUUUGGAAGAAUGAAGUCACUAGCAUUGUGGUGGUCAUUCUGGCUGUUGAUUCCUUUCCUCCGGAGAUACACUCAUGGCAUCCUAUCCUUUAACUUAGGCCCUAGGAAUCAGAGAAAGCAUGUGUGAUAACUGUCAGAAGAGCUGGGAUAGUUAGUGAUCCUGAGACUCAGAAUCCAGAGGCAUAGGAGUUCUGCUUCUACUGACUUUCUGGGCAAGUCAGCAAGCAAGUUCCUUCCCCUCUCUGAGCCUCAGUUUCUCCAUCUGUAAAAUGAGGGUAUUGGACUGGUUAUUUUCCAAGGACAGACCUAACAGUUAGAGUUAUCCCAACAGGGAAUGGGUUACCUAGGGAACUGAUGAGUUGCUCCUCCUUGGAGAUAUUCAAGCAAGGGGGAGACAGCCACUCAUUGGUUGUAUUAUUAUGGAGAUCCCCUUCCCAUGUGGAUUGAAUUAGGUGGCCAUCGAGGCCUCUUCCACCUCUCAAAUUCUCUGAUUCUUUGACCGGAUGGUCUCUGAAGGUUCCUUCCAUUUCUAAUCCAAGAGACAGUCUGGUACAAAGGAAAGAGCAUGACUUAGAUUCCACCUCUGGCCCUGCCUGGCUAUGUGACCCCCCCUUUAUUUGUUUCCUUUUAUUUGUCAUGAAUCCACCUUUUGUACUUGCCACAUGUUCUGGAAGGAUUGUAUAUCUGUUGAAAUAAAAUGUUUUUGACCAUU